CGACGACACCCACUGUCAUCCGCUCCUCUUAUUCUUUCACUGAACUUUGAACAGCGCGUUCAUACACCAUUAAAUGGCCUGACGUCAUUGGAGACAUGACAACAUCACAAGUCUCUUUUACCACUCACGAGGGGGCUUGGCAAAAUGCUACGAGGACGUGAAGUAGACAAUAGAUCAGCUUGAGCUGAGGGCACAGAGGUUUUGAGCAGACUCUAUUUCCCGACAUUCCUGCCCGUUCAAAUCAGUGCCAAACGGGAAUUGAUGGGAUAAAGAUCAUUGAGAGCGAAGUGGUGGAUGAAGACCAUGUAGCCUACAGAUAUUUCUCCAUAUACCAGCACUGGGAGAAUCCUUUAUUACCGGACUUGGAGAAGACCGCUUGCAAUUUAUUACCCACAAUAUUCAACAAGAAAACAAGCGUCAUCUACUUUGAAUUGUGAAGUGUGUCAUACACGCUCACAUUGUGUAUGGGAGCUUGUGGUCGGACAGACAACUUGCGAAUUCACCGCCACUGCUCGUCCCCGUUGGGGAAACAGAUCCGAGAUAUGAGAUGACCGAGUAACGCUAUCGCCACACAACAAUACACCAGCAAAUCAGCACAACCCCUGUGAGCGACAACCUGUUUCCAGCUGACACAGUGAUUGGAAGGUGGUGUGAAGUUAAAAAAUUCUAGUACGAAUCACCAAAAACCAACGCCAACUUGCCAUGCCUUUUUGCUUCAGUCCAUCUCAUCUCUCCUUCACUCCCCUGAUCCUCCCCCUCCUUCUCCUCCUUUCCUUCUCCAUCCCUUCUCAAGCUGACUCCCAUGAUGAACCCCAGUCAGCCUCCAACUGUUCCAAAAAAGCGGUUUGUGUAGACGGAGUCCUUCUCCCCGUUUGGAACCCCCAGAAUCCAUCAGUUGGAGACAAAGUAGCCCGUGCCAUUGUGUACCUGGUGGCGCUAGUCUACAUGUUCUUAGGCAUGUCUAUCAUUGCCGACCGCUUUAUGACUGCUAUCGAAGUCAUAACGUCACAGGAAAAGGAGAUCACUACAAAGAGACCCAAUGGCGAAACGGUCACGACCACAGUUCGUAUUUGGAACGAGACCGUCUCCAAUCUAACCCUCAUGGCUUUGGGUUCCUCGGCACCUGAGAUUCUGCUUUCUGUCAUUGAGGUCUGUGGACACAACUUUGAAGCCGGUGAUCUCGGUCCUAGCACCAUCGUGGGCAGUGCUGCCUUUAACAUGUUUGUGAUCAUUGGCCUCUGCGUCUAUGUGGUACCCAACUACGAAACGCGGAAGGUCAAACAUCUUCGAGUAUUUUUCGUGACUGCAGCAUGGAGCAUGUUCGCCUACGUCUGGCUCUAUCUGAUCCUCUCUGUGAUCUCUCCCGGUGAGGUGGAAGUGUGGGAGGCGGUCGUGACGUUCCUCUUCUUCCCUCUUUGCGUGGUCCAGGCCUGGGUCGCUGACCGCCGUUUGCUCUUUUACAAGUACGUGCGCAAACGUUACAGGGCUGACAAGGGACGUGGAAUCAUUGUGUCUGAGGGAGGGGAGGAGCUUGGGAAGGAUACGGGAUUCACAAAGAUGGACAUGUUGGAAAUCGAUGGAAUAACAACACAUCUGGAUGGAAUGCUGGCAGCGGAAAGUCGGCUUGGUGGACGCAACCAAGACGAGGAGGCCAGGAGAGAUAUGGCAAGAACGCUGAAGGAGCUUAAGCAGAGGCACCCUGACAAGGACACGGAGCAGCUUAUAGAAAUGGCGAAUUAUCAGGUUCUUAUACAGCAGCAGAAGAGCAGAGCUUUCUACCGGAUUCAGGCCACAAGGAUGAUGAUCGGUGCAGGAAACAUCUUAAAGAAACAUGCGGCAGAUCAGGCUCGUAAGGUUGUCAGCGGCGGGGAAACUCAAGAGCAGGAUUAUGAGCCUCAUAUAACACGGAUAGAGUUCGAACCUGCUCUAUAUCAGUGCUUUGAAAACUGCGGUUCUUUAAAACUCACUGUGCAGAGGCAUGGAGGAGAUGCUGGGUGUACUGUUAAGGUUGACUACCGCACAGAGGAUGGCACAGCCAACGCUGGUUCCGACUACGAAUUUGCGGAGGGCACACUGGUUUUCAAACCCAACGAAAACCUUAAAGAGGUAACCGUUGGUAUUAUUGAUGAUGACAUCUUUGAAGAAGAUGAAUACUUCCAUGUCCGCCUGAGCAACCCCCGCAUAGUCGGGUGGUCUGAUGGACAUCCUAUUGCUUUGGAAACCGGAGCAGCGGCCCCCAUCGCAGCCCUCGGCGAAGCCCACACCGCUACCGUCACAAUCUACGAUGACGACCAUGCUGGAAUUUUCACAUUCGAGAGCGAAUUGACGCGAGUUAGCGAGAGUAUCGGAAUCAUGCAGGUGAAGGUCCAGAGGACAUCUGGAGCACGUGGUCUGGUGGCUGUACCGUACAAUACGGUGGACGGGACCGCUCACGGAGGAGAGGACUAUCAGGAAGUGUCUGGAAAACUGGAGUUCAAGAAUGACGAGACUACGAAGAUAAUCGAGGUGAAGAUUAUAGAUGAUGAAGAGUAUGAAAAGAACAAGACCUUCAGCAUUGAGUUAGGAGAGCCGGUGUUACUUGAGAUUGGACAAAAACAUGGAGACUCAAAUGAGAAUAAGCCAGAGUUUGGGGCGGAGGAUGAGGAAGUGGCAAAGAUGGGAUGUCCCAGUCUGGGAGAGCAUACCAGGCUGGAGGUGGUGAUUGAAGAGUCCUAUGAGUUCAAGAAUACAGUGGAUAAGCUUCUUAAGAAGACUAACCUGGCUCUGGUUGUGGGCAGCAGUAGCUGGCGAGAGCAGUUUGUUAAUGCUGUUACUGUGAGCGCAGGGGAUGACGAUGAAGAGGAGAGCGGUGAAGAGCGUCUUCCAUCCUGCUUUGACUACAUCAUGCACUUCCUCACCGUCUUCUGGAAGGUUCUCUUUGCAUUCGUGCCACCCACGGAGUAUUGGAACGGAUGGGCGUGCUUCAUCGUGUCCAUCGGUCUGAUUGGCGUGUUGACGGCGAUCACGGGUGAUCUCGCUUCCCACUUUGGCUGCACCGUUGGACUUAAGGAUUCAGUCACCGCUGUGGUAUUUGUUGCUCUGGGGACCUCUGUUCCAGACACUUUUGCCAGCAAGGUCGCUGCGAUCCAAGAUCAAUAUGCAGACGCCUCCAUUGGCAACGUGACUGGGAGCAACGCAGUAAAUGUUUUCCUGGGUAUUGGCGUGGCGUGGACCAUAGCUGCCAUAUACUGGCGCACUAAGGGCAAACCGUUUCUUGUGAAUCCAGGCUCUCUGGCUUUCUCCGUCACACUCUACACGGCCAUGGCUGUGGUGUGUAUCAGCGUGCUGCUGUUUCGCCGGCGCCCCUCAGUGGCAGGAGGAGAACUCGGCGGUCCACGGACUUGCAAGAUAUUGACAUCCUUGCUGUUUAUUUCCUUAUGGCUGAUCUACAUCUUGUUGUCCUCACUGGAAGCGUACUGCCACAUUCCUGGAUUCUGAGAAAAAAAGAGCAUAUUUCAGCUUCUCGAAGUGGAAUCUGAACGUGGCCAGUAAAUGAGCUUUUAUUAGUAUUUAUAGGAUAUUUAUCCUGUGCCCUUUUAAUAAUUUGAAAGUGCACUCAGUAAUGCAUUAUACAUUGAAGGUCUACCCCAGAAGAAUUGAAAAUAUGUUAAAAUCAUCUCAUACUCUGAUGAAACUAUAUGUCACCAGACUGCUGCCAGAUCAGCCAAUGCAAUGCAAAGCAAACAUCACUGAGUGCAUCUUUAGAUUAGUUUGAAUGCAGUCAUUCCCUGUUUACUUGCCUUACACUUGUACUCGUCUCUCAGUGCUGUCUUAAAUCUUACCAGUAACCAAUGACUCCUGUCUUUUUCAUAUUCCCGUUUGAGCCAAUCCAAGCCUUCGGUUACUGAAUGAAGGGGUUUACUUUUUUUGUUACUGUGUGUGUCGGGAUUACUCUCAUGUUACUGUUAUGAUAAUAUUUAAAAAUAUGUUUAAAUGAACUGAAUGACCUUACUGGAACUAUAUCCUUAAGAGCCAGGUGUAGCAACAAGAUGGAUUUAAUUUGCUCGUGGAGGAAGUAGAAGCAUGUUUCACGACAAAAAUAAAUAUGGCUGUUGACUGAAGCAUGUCGAAGAACUCAUAACUAAUAUGUAAUGACGUAGUGUUGACAGUAAUGGGAUGUCAAAUAACAAAACGGAAUUGAACUUACACAUGAACUGGAGUGAUCAUGAAUACAGAGGAACAACUGGAAUAGUAAGGAAUGAAACAAAAGUGAUGGUGCUGAAUAUCAUUCAUAAAUGUAUACAUUUGUAAACGCGUAUAUGUUGUGUGUGAGUGUGUAUCUGUGUGUGUUUGUGUGUGUUGGAGACCACUCAACUAAUAAUAAACUUGACUCAUG